CUGAGUAAUGGGCUCUUAUAAUAAAUGCUGGGGUGACAGCUGCCUCUGCUGCCUGUUCACAAUGGAGGAGUCCUUGCUCUUCCUGAUGACUGCCCUCCUGGUCUGUUUCCCAACUUCUUCCUACAGUCAACUCUACUCCAUGAUUGUUCCUAGUGUCCUGUGGGUGGAGAGCGAACAGCGGAUUGUAGUGGAGGCUCAUGGACUAAGUGUUCCCACAGAGGUGACCAUCUCUGUCCAUAAUUUCCCACAGAAGAGAAACAGCUUGUACCAGAUCAAGGCUGCCAUGAAUCCAGCCAAUGACAUGAUGGUGACUCCUCUCAUAAAGGUUCCUGCAAAAGACCUAAAUAAGGACUCCAAGAAAAACCAGUAUGUGAUUGUCCAGGCUACUUGUCCUCAAUUCACACUUGAGAAGGUGGUUCUGGUCUCCUUCCAAAGUGGCUAUAUCUUGACCCAGACAGACAAAACCAUCUACAAGCCUGGAUCUUCAGUGCGCUAUCGUGUCUUCUCUAUGGGUCAUGCCAUGGAACGUUUGGACAAAAAUGUGAUCAUUGAAUUUGAGACACCAGAAGGCGUUAUUGUCAGUCAGAAUACUUUAAAUCCCGCAUCAACGCUCACCCAGUCAUUUAAUCUACCUGAGACUGUCAGUUUGGGAACCUGGAAUGUUGUGACUAAAUAUGAAGAUUCCCCACAGAAGACCUUCAGAACACCAUUUGAUGUCAAAGAAUAUGUAUUGCCAAGUUUUAAAGUUGACAUUGAACCAAGUGAGAAGUUUUAUCAUGUUAAUGUCAACAGAAAUUUCCACGUGACUAUCACUGCAAGGUAUCUUAAUGGGAAGAGAGUAGAAGGUGUGGCCUUUGUCCUGUUUGGAGUGAAAACUGAUAAUGAGAAAAAGAGUAUUUCAGACUCACUCAGAAGAAUUCCAAUUCGAGAAGGGAAAGGCACUGCAGCACUAACUAAAGACAUGCUUCAGACCAGAUCUCGCAAUCUUAAUCAGCUUGUUGGGUACUCUCUCUACAUCUCUGUAACAGUGAUGACAGAAUCAGGGAGCGAUAUGGUAGUGGCUGAGAGAGGUGGCAUAAACAUAGUGACAUCUCCCUAUCAGAUCCACUUCACAAAAACACCAAAGUUCUUCAAGCCAGGGAUGCCCUAUAAACUGAUGGUGUUUGUCACCAACCCUGAUGGUUCCCCAGCUGCCCGUGUCCCUGUGGUAUCAGAGCCCAUUCGGGCUCAGGCAACCACCCAGAAGGAUGGGACAGCCAACCUGGUCCUGAACACACCAGCAGACACACAAGAACUAAAAAUCACAGUAAAAACGGACCAAGUGGGAUUCCCAGAUGAACAUCAGGGAAUCAAGACCAUGCUGGCUACAGCCUAUCAAACCCAGAAAGGGUCUGGAAACUAUCUCCAUUUAGCUGUCUCACCCACAGAAAUCAAAUCUGGGGACUAUGUAUAUAUCCACUUCAACAUAAGAAGCAACAAUCCAAACCAAAUCAGAUAUUUCACCUACAUGAUCUUGAGUAAAGGGAAGAUACUCAAGGUUGGGAGACAAUCCAGACCUGCUGGGAGGAAUCUAGUGACAAUGCUUUUGUCCAUCACGCCAAAUCUUAUUCCUUCCUUCCGAAUUGUGGCUUAUUAUCAAGUGGGGAACAGUGAGAUUGUAGCUGACUCUGUCUGGGUGGAUGUGAAGGAUACCUGCAUGGGAAAGUUAGUUAUAAAAGGAGCAACUGCGGAUGAUAAUCGAAUUCACCGACCAGGAGAAGCAAUGAAAAUCAAAGUGGAAGGGGAUCCGAAUGCUCGGGUUGGACUUGUGGCUGUGGACAAAGCCGUCUAUGUCCUGAAUAAAAAUAACAAGAUAAGUCAGACUAUGGUCUGGGACACAGUAGAGAAGAGUGACAUUGGCUGUACUGCUGGCAGUGGUAGGAACAAUGUGGGAGUGUUUGAAGAUGCUGGGUUGGCUCUGGAGACCAGCAACAAGCUUUCCACAAAACAAAGAUCAGAGAUAAAAUGCCCCCAAGUGACAAAAGACAGACGCUAUCGCUCCGUACAGCUCCGUGAAACAAGCAACGGUGACCAUGAAGAAUUUUUCAUGGAUGAGGAUGAUAUUGUCUCCAGGACUGAAUUUCCAGAGAGCUGGUUAUGGGAAACAAAAGUACUGACAGAAGCUCCUAACCAUCAAGGGAUCUCAUCCGAGAUAGUGUCUUUUUACCUGAAGGAUUCCAUCACAACCUGGGAGGUGUUGGCUGUAAGCAUUUCAGAAACAAAAGGCAUCUGUGUGGCUGACCCUUAUGAAAUAACCGUUAUGAAGAACUUCUUCAUUGACCUAAGGCUGCCUUACUCAGUAGUUAGGAAUGAGCAGGUGGCGAUUCAAACUAUUCUCUACAAUUAUGGAAUGCAAACUAUCAAGGUGCGAGUGGAACUGAUUCACAACCCAGCCUUCUGCAGCGCUUCCACCGCCAAGCAGCACUACAGGCAUGAUGUCACUAUCAGGGCUCAGUCCUCUACGGCAGUCCCAUUUGUCUUGGUCCCACUCAAGCUGGGAUUACAUGACGUCGAGGUCAAAGCAGCUGUCUGGAAUAUGAUGUUGUGUGAUGGUGUGAAGAAGAAGCUCCAGGUUGUGCCUGAAGGGAUACGGAGAUCACUUGUGAAUAUCACUGAGUUGGAACCUUCUGUAAAAGGAAAAGAUGGAGUCCAGGAAGUGCUGGUGAAAGCUCAACAUUUUGAUGAUAUUGUUCCUGGAACUGAACCUGAGAUCAAAAUUAACAUUCAAGGAAUCCUUGUGGAUUAUCUUCUUGAAGAGUCAAUUGAUGGAAGCAACCUGAAAUAUCUCAUCAUAACACCUUAUGGCCAUGGGGAAAUAAACAUGAUCACCAUGACACCAUCAGUUAUUGCCACUCACUAUCUUGAUGCCACAGAUCAAUGGGAGAAGCUUGGGGUGAAUCUCAGGGCUGAGGCCAUCAAAAAGAUCCUGCAAGGUUAUGUCCAGCAGAUGGUAUUCAAAAAACCAGACCACUCCUAUGCUGCCUGGAUAAACCGCCCAUCUAGCACUUGGCUAACAGCAUAUGUAGUGAAGGUCUUUACCUUGGCUUCCAAAAUUGUAUCAGCUGUUAACGAACAGAUUAUUUGUGGAGGUGUGAAGUGGCUGGUGAUGAAGAAGCAAAAGCCAGACGGGAUUUUCCAUGAAGAUGCCCCUGUGAUUCAUGGAGAGCUGGUGGGAGGCUAUAAAGGAGCAGAAUCAGAUACGUCAUUAACAGCUUUCGUCCUGGUUGCAUUGCUGGAAUCCAGACGCUUCUGUGAGAAACACUUUAAUGUUCUAGAUAGCAGUAUCAAUAAAGCUGCAAAUUAUUUAUGGAAGAAAUAUGGCACAUUGCAAAGACCUUAUACCACAGCACUCACAGCCUAUGCUUUGGCCCUGGCAGGGAGACUGAAUGAUGACAGAGUCCUCAUGGCAGCAUCAACAGGCGGGAACCGCUGGGAAGAAUAUAAUUCUCGCACCAACAGCAUCGAGGGCACCUCCUAUGCCUUGCUGGCCUUGCUGAGAAUGAAGAAGUUUGAGAGAACUGGCAUUAUCAUUAAAUGGCUGACGGAGCAAAAAUAUUACGGAGGAACAUUUGGACAAACUCAGGCAACCAUCAUAAUGUUCCAAGCUCUUGCCCAGUACGAAAUUGGCAUGCCAACCCACAUGGACUGGAACCUGAAUGUUGCCAUCAAAUUUUCAGAACGACAAGAUCCAAUCCAUUACAGAAUUGAUGGCAAGAAUGAGCUUUUAGUCAGGACAGCAGAGACCAAGUUCAAUGGAGAUGUCACUGUUCGUGCCUCGGGCCAAGGAAAAGCGAUGCUGGUUGUUACAACACUGUAUUAUGCACAGAUGAAAGCAGAAGCAGCUCAGUGCAAGAAAUUCACCCUUGAUGUUAGUGUUGAACCCCUCAAGCUGAGUCAGAAGGAGCUAAACGGAUCCCUGCAGAUUGUCAAGAUCAAAAUCUGCACCAGAUAUCUUGGUGAUGUCGAUGCCACAAACUCCAUCAUUGAUGUCUCCAUGCUUACUGGUUUUGCGCCUAAUGUUGACGAUCUUAACAGGCUUUCUGAAGGAGUCGGCAGACAUAUUACCAAUUACGAAAUUAACAAAAGCUACUCUGAAAGAGGAAAUCUUAUCAUUUACUUGGAAGAGGUCUCUCACACAAAUGAUGUAUGUGUACAGUUUAGAGCUCACCAGUUUUUUGAAGUCGGUCUCAUUCAGCCAGCAUCCGUGAAGGUGUACAGCUAUUAUAAUCUAGAUGAGCAGUGUAUCAAGUUCUACCAUCUUCCCAAAGAAAGUGGCCUCCUCAAUAAGAUAUGUCAUGGUGAUGUUUGCCGAUGUGCAGAAGAAAACUGUUCUUUGCUCAACCAUGUGAAGACAGACAUUGAUUUUCAGCAACGAUUUCUUCUGGCCUGCCAAAGAGGAGUGGAUUAUGUAUACAAAGCCAAAUUGGUUCGAAUAGAAGAAGAAAAUGGUUAUGAGAACUACUUCAUGCAAGUUCUAGAAAAUAUUAAAGAAGGGACUGAUCCAAAUCCAGAAGCCAGUCCUCGCAAGUUUAUCAGCCAGAUGAGAUGCAGGGAAACUCUGAAUCUGAAGGAGAACAACGACUAUUUGAUCUCAGGUGUCAGCAGUGACCUCUGGCUUGUAAAGAAUGAUGUCUACUACCUUAUAAGCAAAAAUACCUGGAUCGAGAGGUGGCCAAGUGAGGAUGAAUGCCAAGACGAAGAACUGCAGGACUUCUGCGAUGACCUUGAUCGGUUUUCCGAUACAUUGAUAUUUUUGGGCUGCCAGGUCUAACUGGAGUUGUCUGUUAUUCAUGGAAGGCCGGCUUCUGAGGUCAUGUCAGAAGUCACAUUCCCUCCUGAGGUUUUAUCUUUUAUCUUUUUUCUCUCCUUUCCACCACUUCAAAUUGAUUCUGUAUUUUUAAAAAGGCCUGGUUUCUUAGUGCUGUUGUGUUACAAGUAAAAGAAUAUAAUUACUGGUAUUUCAGAUUCACUAAUUUAGAUUUAGCUUACUGAAUAACAUUACAUCAAAUCCUCAAAAACCACAAAACAAAAAUAAGAGUUUUACUUCCUGGCUAAGCUUACAAAAUGAGUGGUUUAGGGAUGGGUGAGAUGAUUAUUGCUUUCUCCUCUUAAUGCAAAUUUACUAAACUCAUAUCGCCCCACUUGCACACAGACUGGAACACAAUUACAUGGCAGUAUUCCAAAUCUUCUGAAUGUUGCAAUCCAAUCUGCAAAUACAGAAAGGUGCAUAAAAAUAUGUGUGUCAGUAGACCAUAACUGCAUUAUUUCAAAGCAUUGCAUACAUUUGGAAAUGUGCAUGUAAAUGUACUUAAGAGUUAAAUAUUGUGCAUAAAAAUACAAAUGUCAGUAGAAAGGCACACAAAAUGCAUAGACACUUUCAUCUUAAGUACUGUCAUGGGCAUUCUAAUAGUGGCAUAUCUGUUUAACUUAUCUAUAGCCAAUGAAAUGUGAAUGAAUUUGUGUUCAAACAGUGGGGCAUC